AUGUCCACAUGCUUCCACCUGGACACUUCUCAGGACUUCGAUAGUGGCCCAACUUUGGAUGAGAUCGAUGAUGCGAUCACAGACCGCAACACAUGGGCAUGGAUGUCUGCUGUCAACUGCGUUUCCUUCGAGGCUGAAUACCUGGGUCGUUGGGGCGAAGGCAGCUGGGCAGGUUGUGAGUGCCAUGAACAUCUGAAUGCCAAAGUGUGCCUCGGCAAACCGGCUCAGGCGCCGCAGAAUCUGCCACAGAAGCAGCGACAAGUUCGCGAAACACCAGAAACACGGCACUGUUGGCGCCGGGGCUGCCGGGCGGUUGAGUUAGCGUCGGGGGACGCUCUUCGAGGUCAGCUGCGCGUGAUGGCAUCUCAUGCCACAAGUUUGUUGAGCCAUUUGACUGGUGCAACCGACCAAGCUGGCCUUUUGAGGGACUGGCAAAGGGCACGGGCCGCCCUCUGGACGUCCAUGCUAGUGAAACUUCGCUAUUGGGACGAACUGCCAUGGAAGCUAUGUGCCCUGGCCCAUGAGAAUGUCCACGUGGUGCAGAAGACAGCCCAGCGGGUGUUGAUGCUUUACGACAACGCUGCGAACACUGAGACCCCCGGCCCGGGGUGCUUGCACAGGAUGACUCGUCGUUUUUGCCAGAAAGAUUACAACGGUGGAGAUGAUGACCCGGCUCUUCGGCCGCUGAUCGAACGCCUUGCUUCCGGUGAACACUACGCAGACUUCUCGACAGACGAAAGGCAGCCUUUAGCCAAAUGGCUGUCUGCCUUCAGACAUGAGCUGAAGCAGUUCAUGCUGGACAUUCGUGGUGUUGAGACACGGGAUGGCUUCGAAAAGAUUGUUCUGCAACAUGUCUGCAUUUGCAGAGGACUCAGACUCAGGAACCUGUUGGGAUUGCAGCCGACGCCGUACACGAGAGGUCUGACGAUGCGACAGCUCUCAGACAUAGUGUACCGGGACAACAUUCGUGUCAAACAUCAAAAGAAGAGGAAGCUAGAGGAGGUGCUGCAGGAACAUGAUGGAGUGCGCCGGCAGCUUCUCCCACAGGCCGCCGAGUCCGAGCCUGUGCAACCCAUGGCUCAGAUAAUCAUCGAGCACAUGCUGGAGGUGUCGCGGACCAACAAGUUGUUGUUUUCCAGCUCGGCUCCGGAAGCUGGCUUCGUGCGAGGUGAUUCAGGGACGGCUGGAGCUGGAGGUGUGUUUCAGCCAGUUGCCCGCAACCUGGAACCGGAAACAGGGCAUGCUCUGCAACAGCAAGUCGAUGAAACAAUUGAAGAUGAAGGAGCAGUGACGGUCCUGAGCAGGGGUGAUGCUGCAGGGUCGGGGUCAACCAUGGCCCUCGUGAACCCUGUGCCGGAGCAAGUUCUGCAAGCUGCUGUGGCAGCUUCUUUUUCCGGGAUGGAUGUUAUGAAGUCCGAGGGCGUGGGCUUGCACUUGCUGCCUGCUGCGGCGCUUGAGCUGCCUGGAUCUUUCCUGGAAGAUCAUGUGUUCAUCGACAUCACCACGAUGGCUGCCACUGUGCGGGCCAGCUGCAUGCUUGGUGAUGCUUCCUUUCCGCGGUUCGAUUGCCUGGCGCAGAUCUAUCAGGGCAAUGUGGAUCCGAGUCCACCAGGCCAGCCACUCGAAGCUUAUGUGACGCCAGUGGGAACUCCCAAAGCUAUCGCUUUCGGCUCCUCUUUCGACAAGAUCGCCAACAACUGGACAGUCUGGCAUGAUCUGUCUGAUUCAACCAGGUCCGAUCAGACCGUCCAAUUUGCAGUGAGCAAGCAGUUGGUGCUGGCUGGUGGUGCUCCGAUGCCGAGGGGCCAGGAGCCUGAGUUCUGUGAUGAAGACGGCGAGUACGCCAAAGAACUUCUCUUGCGCAUUGCCAAUCACCGCACAUUUCCGCCCGGCGCAGAGCCAGACUCUCAUUGGACACGUUUCGAGUUGGUCAUCUGGCUGCAGCAACAGGGCUGGGAACGUGUGCCACUGCCGAACUCGGCGCCCAAGAAGACCGAGCCGUAUCGAAGCGGCAGCCCCAAGAUCUAUUAUCACCACCUGCAAAGCAAUGGAGGCCUUUACAAGGAGUACCUGCUCACUUUAUCGAAAGCUGAGAGACUGUUCGCAUUGGGGCUCGCUGAGGUUGGGAUACAUUUCUUCCAACUGAAAGCUUACUAUGUGGGCUGCUUGGAGCUGUUGACUUUGGCAGAUGACGGCACCAGUGGCAUUGCGUUGGCCGAAUUAUUGCCGAAUCAGCCGGCAUCUUUCUACAAGCUGCUCGUGCAGCAGCGCUCAAGCCGACGCCAACGAGUUCGAGCAGAUCACGCUUCGGAUGGUGUUCCCGGUGUUGCCUCCGAUGAUGAGGGACGCAAUACCCGGUCUUCUGGACAUGACGAAGAUCUGCCCAGCUUUCCUUUCAGCGAAGGCGAGAGCGACCAUGAUGGAAGUGUGUUUGAAGUGACCGGUGCGGCAGGCACCCCUCAACCCCAAACAAACGCAAGAUCUUUGGAUUUGGAUGCUAACGGUUUCGAUGUGGCUGAUCACAUGUCGGACUACUCUCCCUCGCUUCCGGGUCCGGAGCCAGCUGAGCCAGAUUCGCUUCAGCCUGCUUCGCCUUCUUCAGCAGCUGCGCCGCCGGCAUCAACAAUGCCGACGCCAAUCCCUGCCAGUCCCAGUGCCGGCCCGUUGCGGACAACUGCAGAUAGGCCCGGGCCCGGGCCAGAUGCAAAGGGAGCAGGGAGCAACGAACGAAUUUUGCCUGGUGACCCCGACUCCGACAGUGACAGCUUCCUGCAUCUCGGUGGUGCAGUUGACCCGGACACGCAGAAGUUGGAUGCAGUGCCACCGCCACCGGUUCCGCCGAUUGCCGUGGCGACAGAUCUGGGAGAGCUGGGGAACAGAAAGAAAAAGGAGCCUGGCAGGGCUUCUGGUGGACGUGGACGUGGAUCAGCGUCAAUGUUUCAAGAAGACACAAUAUGGUUUGGGGAUACGCCCCUGGUCAAGCCCAACGACACCACGGCGGCUUUGUCUGUCGGGUUUCGUUUCGGGCUUGUAGGGUUUGGGGUUUGGAGAACCUAUCUAUCCCUGCCUUGCAACUACCCUUCAAUUCAACCCUACAACUACAACCAGCAAAACUCAACCCGACUGGAAUCUACUGCCGAGGUGGGUUCCUACUUCGCGGUGUGCAAAUUGCACAAGGGAAAGCGGGAUUGCACAAAGCAGAUUUCCAUCAAUAAACCCGAAGCUGUCCGACGAUUGAAGCAUUGGUUGAUCCAGGGCUACCACAUGGUACGGCGAACAGGACGGGCGCUUGACGGCGCUUGA